UUUGAAGAGAUUCUUAACCGAGUUCCUGCCCAUUCGCGUCUUUUGAUGGCCGGUAAUUUCACUGCCUCUACCCGCCAUGGUUGGGUUGCUGAGCCGGAUGGACGGGGAUCGUGGAGUAUUCUUUCAACUUGUUUACUGACUAUUAUUCUCUGCUGUUGGACAGCAGUCUUUCCCAAUAUACCUGCUCGGACUGACGAGUGGCAUCACCGUCUACGGGACCGAAUACAUUUGGCUUCAAUUGGAGUGUUGGGACCCGAGUUUCUGCUCAUGCUGGCGCUGGGUCAGUGGUCCUCAGCCCGGGCAUCAGUAAAGAAAUUCGAACAACUGACGAGAGAUUCCACGGAUCCAAAUACACCCUCAUGGACUCUUGCACAUGCCUUCUAUGCCGACAUGGGAGGCUUUAUUCUUGAAGAAGAGGGAAAUGCGAGGUCUUUUCCCGUCAAUGCCGAACAACUCUAUUUUUUGAUAGCAAACAACUACAUUAAACACCCACCCUUAACAGAAGACCAGAUCAAUGAUCGUAACAAGUCAGACAGCUUCUCACGUGUACUUGCCGUCUGUCAGGCGUUGUGGUUCCUCGUUAACAGCAUUCUUCGAGUGGCGCAAGGAUUAUUCCUGACUACCCUCGAGCUCACAACCCUAUCCUAUGUGGUCGUCUUUCUAGUAACAUCGUUCUGCUGGCGUGCCAAACCGUCCGACAUAACCGGUACUAUUCCGAUAAAAACAGGGACUCCAGUUGAUAUUAUUCGUGCAGAGCACUGCCUCUAUCCAGACCAGCCCUGGCACGAUACCCCGCUAGACUUUGUCUAUGCCGACAUCUCCUUCUGCGGCGUGCACUGGCGCUACUACACGCAAAUACUCCGCAACCUGCACCUGCCACUCGUCUCGCGGCCCAUGACCGCCCGGCCCCAGAACCGGAUCAUCAGUGAUAACUUUCCCGUGACCGAUUUACGGGCGGACUGCAUCGCCACGCCUGUGCUUCUCCUUUUCGGCUCUAUGUUUUGCUUUGCCUGGAACUUCCAUUACCCGACCCGCACGGAGCGACUUCUCUGGCGAACCGCCAGUGUCUAUAACCUCCUCUUCACCGUGGUCGGGGGUUUGCACGCUGGCUACUGUGACAAGAUCCUCCUUCCCCGCGCGUAUGAGGAACGCAGACAGCACAUUGCGUGGAUAGCGUCGCCGUCGCCGUCGCCAUCGCCAAGGGGCUCGCAGGGGGGGAGUCACCCUUCUUCCUACUCCCCUCCUCUCAAAACACCAAGCCAAGGGUUCUGGGCCCGUGUUGCGAACAAGAUGCGCAAUAUUGACCCGGCGCACGAUCCCAAGGCGGAACUCCCACUACGAGUGCUCAUACCAACUUCGAUAAUUUGUGCUCUGUACUGCGUGGGGCGGACAUAUAUCUUGUUGGAGGACUUCAUCGGUCUACGCAGUCUGCCGGCCUCGGCUUUUCAGACUGUUAGUUGGGAGGAUUAUGUUCCUCACCUUUGAAAGAAUACGUACCAGCGAUGCUAACAUGGCGGUACAUGUAUAUACUACACUAUGGACAUAUGAAUAUAUAUCCUGC